AUGCCGCCGGCUUAUGAACUGCGCUCAGGGGGCGACGGACGACGGACACGACAGAAUCUGGCAGAGCUCAAGCUGCGCCGCCUCGCCGAGGUCAACAUACGGCUCAAGGAGGAUCUCGACAGGCCGCGUAUAAAAGUUGCCGAAGCGUCUAUAUCGCUUAUAAACUACUGCAACAACACAAAGGACUUUAUGGUGCCGUCUGUAUGGGGACAGGUCGACAAACGUGAUGACCCUUAUGCGCCACAGCAGUCUGGAGGGUGCUGUAUACUGAUGUGA